ACAGCAUCUACUAGGUCUUGCCCUCGCUUCCACCUUGAUGGUUCCUAGAGAUAACGUCACAGAAUCGACACCCUCAACGGGCGCUGUGUGCUGUUCACAGCACACAUAUGAUCGCGACCACCCCGGUCAACAAGAAGUCAGCUUAUUACUGAGUGAAUUCUAUUGCGUCGCUUUGACCGGUACCAUCGAGUGCUUGGGUAACGACGGCGCCUUGCGCAAGCUGACCGGGGAUGGGCAGGUUUUGAACGCAGUGCGACUGAGCCCGGCGUUCCUCAAAGCCUUCUUAUAUCGCAUACCUGCGUAGAAUCGUGCGUUGGAAUCGGAGAUGGAUAACCCCGAUGGCUCGAAUAUGUCAGAAGCAUAAUUAAGGUAGCCUCAUCGGAGUUCGCCAACGCCAACCAGAGAGAAGAAGAG